GGCCAGCCACUGAACCCGACCACCGGCGAGCUGCCGCCUCUUCCCCCGGACAGCAGCCUCCUCCUCCACGGAGGAGGGGCCACUCACUUCAGCCAACUUUCGGGAGAAAAUGUUUGGAAUUCCGUUUCCGCUUUAGGGAGUGGACGGUGAUUUAAAAAAAAUAUAAUAAUAAUAAUAAUUGUACUCUACUUUCCACGACAACUUUGACAGUCCCUUUUCUCAGCCGAGCGGAUUAAACUAUCGUCGCGACGAUGGCUUCCUCGCCGCAGAAGUCUCCGUCCUCUCCCAAGUCUCCGACUCCCAAAUCCCCGUCCUCCAGAAAGAAAGACGACUCUUUCCUCGGGAAACUCGGCGGAACUUUAGCGAGGAGGAAAAAGGCGAAAGAAGUGUCGGAGCUUCAGGAGGAGGGGAUCAAUGCCAUCAACCUUCCUCUCAGCCCGUCCCACUACGAGCUGGACCCCGAGGACACCAUGCUAGAGGAGAACGAAGUGCGCACCAUGGUGGACCCCAACUCCAAGAACGACCGCAAGCUGCAGGAGCUCAUGAGGGUGUUGAUCGACUGGAUAAACGACGUCCUGGUGGGCGAGAGGAUCAUUGUGAAGGAUCUGGCCGAGGAUCUGUAUGACGGACAGGUCCUGCAGAAGCUCUUCGAGAAGCUGGAGGGCGAGAAGCUGAACGUGGCGGAGGUGACCCAGUCGGAGAUCGCCCAGAAACAGAAGCUGCAGACGGUUCUGGAGCGCAUCAACGACUCGCUCAAACUCUCCACCAGGAACAUCCGCUGGAACGUCGACUCGGUUCACGCCAAGAGCAUCGUUGCCAUCCUGCACCUGCUGGUGGCGCUGUCGCAGCACUUCAGAGCGCCCAUCAGAUUGCCCGACCACGUCUCUAUUCAAGUGGUGGUCGUCCAGAAAAGAGAGGGCAUCCUCCAGUCCCGACAAAUUCAAGAGGAAAUCACCGGCAACACGGAGGCCUUCUCUGGCAGACACGAACGCGACGCUUUCGACACCCUGUUUGACCACGCGCCAGAUAAACUGAACGUCGUCAAAAAGACAUUGAUCACAUUUGUGAACAAACACCUCAACAAGCUCAACCUAGAGGUGUCUGAAUUGGACACACAGUUUGCAGACGGCGUUUAUCUGGUGUUGCUGAUGGGGCUGUUGGAGGGAUACUUUGUGCCGCUCUACAACUUUUUCCUCACACCAGAGAAUUUUGACCAAAAGGUCCACAACGUGUCCUUCUCCUUUGAGCUGAUGCAGGACGGGGGUCUGGAGAGACCGAAGCCCCGACCAGAGGAUAUAGUGAACUGCGACCUUAAGUCAACACUGCGCGUCCUCUACAACCUCUUCACCCGGUACAGGAACGUUGACUGAGCCCCGGAUGUGGUGACCGGAGGGAACCGGUACACCCUGGACCACGUGUUAGAGCUUCAAACUUAAAGAUAUGCCUUUCCUUCUACUGUUUUUAUCUGAAUGCAUGCAUCACAUUGUUGUCCCUGUUGGAUACUGUACCACGCACACGUCAGCAUUGUAUUUCCAUUCCUGCAGAGACAAUGGUAUGGAAGCCCUGAUAGGCAUGCGGGAAGAAAACAAAAAUGCGUUGACCCAUGUGAUCUAAAUGUUUUUUUUUCUCCUGUGUUUAAGAGGUUAAAAAAAUGUUUCUUACAUUUUAAUUUAUUUUUUCCAUCUUUGAAACUAUAUUUUGACAAGUCAUUUCGUUGUUUUUUUUGUUGUGUCAUUAAUUUGGGCAACACAAAGCUGGAGUGCACCAAUGAUCUAAAAAAAAUUCUUGAGGUGUUCUGAUUUCCAUAAGGUGCUAACACACGCUGAAUGCACCUUGUGUUGAGAGUACACGGGGAAAUUAAAACUCUGCUGGAAGAAAACAUUAAUGGUUGUAUUCCUAUUCAAAACAUAUGAUAGUGGUGCAUUUCGGUCUCGUGUCGACAAAAUGCCAAAACCUUUUUGUUUUCCCUCGAGUCAUAAUCACAGGAGAGAAAUGGAUCCCCAGAUUGCUUUUCUUAUCUCUUUUCCACUGUCCUUUUAGGGCUUCCGUACCUUCUGACUCGUGUGACACUAAAAGACUUCGUAUGGUCGAUCGGGCAUCGCUACGCAGUCCUACGGACAUCUAUGAAAUAAGAUGGCCACUGGUAAUGUUUAGCGAGGUCGUAGAGGUAAUUCUGUCGUGACUCCUAUCGCUCUGCGUUGUCAUCACAAAGAUGAGCAACACUUGUGUCUCGUAAUCCAAGCUUUGCUGUAUUUAUUGUACAUUUUGAUAACCUUGUUCCUUCUCUCUCGCCCAGCUCUUUUCUUCUCUUCAUGUCAUUCCUACGUGCCUUUUUAAUAAGACGUGUGAACACAGCGAGCAGCUCCCAGUUCGUCAUGCUGGGACGCACGUGCUCCCCAGUUGUCUUAACGUUCCAGAUUCCUAUUUGAUCUUUUUGAAAUAUCUGACCAAAGCCCUGUUAUAUUUACUCUGUAAAUCAUAUAAAAGCGUUACUCGGCAGCCG